AUGAACUAUAAUACUGCUCACGACAAUUUCGUCCUCGUGGCCCCCCGCCCUGUGCGACUGGCUAAUCCCAGUGGUCCCACUCCUUACACCCACUUUCAGAACGCUAUCCAACGCCCCCAGACCCGCGUCGCCGGUGUACGCCUCGUUGCGGACGGCGUCGACCGCAUCAAGCUGGGAGAGGACGUUCCACAAGAGGAUCUCAAGCCCCCUGAGCCUCUUUCCGAACGAGAGCAUGUGUCUCCCCGCGCUUCUCCUCGCUCCGGUCUCUCACCCGAGGCGCUUGAGGAGUUCCUAUCGAUCCUACAAUCGUCUACUCUGCGAUUCCCGCCAACAUCUCCUAUUCUCCGCUCAACUAAUGCCAACGCUCCCCAUUCAUUCUUCUAUCGUCGGGCCACUCCGUGCAGUCUAAGUCCAUCUCACCAGGCUGAAGGACUUGGGCUGUCUCUUGCUGAUCCCGCUGACGAGAUAAGGAAGGAAAGCACAACUCCUGCCUAUCCAUUCAAAUUCAUUGGCGGUCCUCUCGCUUCUCCUGUCUCCCGCACUCAGACGCGGAACCCGUUCCAGCGCCAUCCAUCGUACGAUACCGCCUUCACGGGCCUUUUGGGUCCUCUCUCUCUCUCCCCGUCUCCGUCUCUUCCGGUAGCAAUUGCUUUGUCUCCAUCCACGGUGCCUCUGCCUUUGCCUACUCCAGAUGAGGUAGACAUCGAGACAUCCUCCUAG